UGUCGACAUUAGCCAUCCAUGUUGGCUAAUGUGUAAUUUUUCGUUUAUAAACUUGAAAUAUCAACAUUAUCCGGAUAAUGUUAACCUUAGCCAGUCAAUUUUGGAUAAUGUUAAAAGUUAUGUACUAUUUAAUUUAUUUAAGUUUCAUCACUGCUUGGUAUAUUAAUUUAACGUGACCACUGACCCCAGCUUAUCUUACCGAUAAUCAAUCGAUAAUAAUAGAAAAAAUUCUGAAAUUUGUUUGAUAAAUCAAGCUGAAAAAAUGAAAUUUAGGUUUAUCCAUAAGUUUCCCCCAGCUAACGUCGGAGAUAGUGUGAGAGUCACUUUACCCGAUGUCGACAGAGGACGAGCAGACCCAAAAAAUAUUUUAUUUGCAGUUGUGGCUAUUGAGGACGAACAAUAUUAUAAACUUGGUAAUAAAUAUGGUACUUUGCCACAGUUAUAUACCAGAAACCAGUUUGGUGUUUGUCCGAUAUCAUUAAUACCGCUUGAUGAGGUGGUACCUAUAGAAAAAUCAUUGAGGGAAAUUGCUGGUCUAAUAUCAGACGGUAGUGGUGGUCAAGGAUACAAAAGGUGUUCAUGCAAAGGUAAAUGUGAUACCAAUCGUUAUGGUACAGUAUCAGAAUGGAAAAGAAUAUUGGACGUUAACGUUAUAGCAUUAAGUGUUUGCUCACGCGAGGCAGUGAGAUCCAUGAAUAGUCGCAACUUAGAAGAUGCUCACAUUAUUCAUUUGAGCAGUAAUCUAGCGCAUUAUGUUCCUUCAUAUGGUCCAUUCCACUUCUAUUCUGCGACCAAACAUGCUGUAAGAGCGCUCACAGAAGGGUUGCGACAAGAAUUAAGAGCAUUGAAAAGUUCAAUCAAGGUCACGUGUCUCAGUCCUGGUCUUGUGAAAUCGUCAAUUUUCAAGAACUCACUGGGAGAAAAUUUUGAUAAACAUAUAUAUGAAGCGUACCCCAGUAUUUCUCCAGCAGAUAUAGCAUCUACCAUUGAAUUUGUAUUGGCCACUCCUCCACACGUACAAGUGCAAGAUAUAAUCAUCAAACCUAUAGGUUCAGAGGCAUGAUUGAAAUUAUACUCAAAUCACAAGCACAAUGUCAUAGAUUUAUCUCAAAAUACAAUAAAAAUGUAUUGGUAAAUCAUAUUUUUCAUUAAAAUACAAAGUCUAUGAUUUAUAAAUAUAAAUA